AGGAGAUCUUGACGGAUUUCCCGGACCGAAAGUUCAUUCUUGUGGGCGACAGUGGAGAAAUCGACAUGGAGAUGUAAGUAUCUAAUCGACCGCGCCCAUAUGGUCAAGUCUACAUGCGAUGCAGAUGUGCUGAACGCUACAUCUUUUUGCCUACCUGAUAGUUACACGGAGAUGGCCCUUGCAUAUCCAAAACAGAUCUUCAGAAUAUUCAUUCACGACAUCACAACUACUCGCUUGAAGGGGAUCGCCAGCAGGACAUCACCGACACGCAGCCAUUCCUUAUCGUCAUUACUGUCCAAGACUCCUAUCUCAACUGGAUUUGGGCUCUUCAACCGGCGCGGAAGCGGUGCCGCCACACCAACCAGCACUCAAAGUAGCAUUGGAUUGCCUUCGGCAAAUCUUUCGACCACGUCGAGCCUGAGCACAGAAGACGAAGAAGUAGAGGAUCAGAUUCCAAUCGUUACUACCCCAGAAGAGCUUUCGGAAGAAGAGGUGUCAAUGAUGAAGGAGAAGACACAGGAGCUGAAUUUCGAAGGACACAGGCACCAUGGCGAGUCUUUUACUCCGACUCUCGAGCCCAGCGAUCCACUCACAGCCCCAGCGGCGCUCUUGCCUUCCUCCACAAGGUCCUCUCCGAAACUUCAGCCAAGGCAGAUUGCAGCUGGCGUCAAAGCUGUUACUAACUCGCUUCUGACCUCGACAUUCAAGCGAUCGCCGAGUAACAGCAAAUUGAACGGAUCAGGAUGGGGUGCCUCCAAACACUCUGGUGGAAACAUAUCUCCAAGUUCGCCACUCGCAACACACAGCACAACUUCUGUCAAUGCAUAUCCCUUCCCAACAGUUGCAUCGGAAUCUUCGACCUCUAUCUCUGUCUCAGCCACACAGGAGGGCAGCACUACCGACAACAAGCCCGAUGGUACAGAGACAGACGAGGAUGACAAGAAAAACGCGAUUCGGACGAUUUCCAGAAACGCAAGCGACUCUGCUAGCAAAGACAUUUUCGAGGAUGGUGACCAUCAGCAUGUGACCCUACAACAUCAACAUCAUAAACACCAACAUAUUGAAGUGCAAGGUCCAGGGCAGCACAUCCAGUCAACACGUACUCGUACCACCACGUUUACUUACGCCUACUCUCAGUCUUUCCCUGGUUCGACGCCUGAUGUGACUUUUGCUUCAGGAUCAACACCCACGCACUCGCCAACCCCUUCUCCUAGGAUCCCGAUUCAUGGUGCCCGUAAAACAGGUGGUAUAACAAGUGGUUUUACAUCGACCAGUACUGUGGACAUAACUUCGAUAUCUCUUACAGCGACUUCCUUAUCAACGAGUCCUGUCUCAGGUCCCGUACUGUCGCCAAUAUCGCCGUCAGUGUCAUCCUCGUCCUCGGCCGUAAAGAAUCCACUCGUAAUCUGGCAAGAACGUAUCGAGCAGUGCCAAAGGAAGUUACCCGAGGGUAUGUUGACGCUAUUUACCUCUGCGGAUGAGUUGGAUCAGUGUCAAGUUGUGAAGUCGAUGUUUGAAAAUUAUGGAGAGAAGAGUUCAGGAAGCGGAAAUCGUGGCGAUAGUUCGUCGGAGAGAUCUUCGUCUCCGCUCUUGGUGUCUUUGUCUGGUGGAUCGAGCACAAGCGUGGAGAGCGCGCAUUGCUGUGCUGAAGGAGUUGCGGAUCGCACUGCGGUAAAUGGGAUUCCAGUCUUUACAAGCAGCGUUGCAGCAGACUAGGAUGUCGUGCCGAUACUCUUUCUUCAUUGAAAAUAAACAAAGAAACAAAGUAUUCGUUCU